GUAGUUUUUCUUUAGUACAACCACAGUCUCUAACUACUGCUUGAAGGCAUUACGAUCUUUGCGACAGUGUCUCCAAACGCUUACUGUACAGCAGCAUUAGAAUAUGGCAGCCAGAGUUUUCUUACAGAGUGACUGGUUUAAGGUGUUGUGGAAAAAUGAAGGAGAAGCUUGGAUUUCUUGUAAGAUACCAGGGAAACCAACUUUAUAUGGCAGUUUGAAAUGCCAGGCAGUUGAUCCCGAUGGCCUCCCAGAAAUUACUGCCUCAGAGGGUUUUGAGGUACUGGAAGUUACAAAGAAAAGCAUACAUGUUUCCUGUCCAGAUGAAAACACUUCUUCCAAGUUUCUGGCUCCGUUUACAUCCUUUAGCCAAAUACAUGACAAAAGUGUCACCUGUCUGGAUAUCUCCGCUGGAGGCGGGCUUGGGGUAUCUUCAAGUACAGACGGCACUAUGAGAGUAUGGCAGACAAAUAAUGGAGAGAAAAGGAGGCAGUUGUCUGGCCACAUGCUUGAAGUAAACUGCUGUAGAUUUUUCCCAUCAGGGCUUGUGGUUUUGAGUGGUGGGAUUGACACCCUGCUGAAAAUUUGGACUGUUGAAAAUGGCAGCUGUGCUGCAACUCUGAAAGGACACAAAGGAGGUAUCCUGGAUACUGCUGUGGUAGAAAAGGGCCGACAUGUAGUGUCGUCUUCCAGGGAUGGCACUGCCAGGCUCUGGGACUGCUUGGCGUCUACUUGCCUGACAGUUGUUGCAGACUGUGAAACACCAGUCAAUGGCAUUGCUGUUGGUACAGCUGACAGUCGCAUCGACCUGGGUUCACCUAAUCAGUCAUCCUCUUUACAAGAAGCUGGAACAGAAGGGAAAAUAAUGCUGCUAGCUCGGGAAGACAGAACAUUGCAAGGUGUUGCUCUGCAGAACAAGAGUCCUGUGUUUGUCUUCAAUGGUUCUAGUGCAUUUAAUUGUUGUACAUUCCUGUCAAAUUCAUAUGUUGUGGCUGGAACCCAGGAUGGGGAUAUCUAUUACUUGGACAUGAGAAAUACAUGUUCUCCCUUACAGACCUUUCACAGAUCUGGUGCCCCAGUUCUUUCAGUGAUUCCAUUCAAAGAUGGCUUUAUGGCCAGUCAGGGUGAUGGAAGCUGCUUCCUAAUCCAACAUGACCUGGACCAUGUGAUUGAACUGACAGAGCCUGACUGUGACCCUGUGUACAAGGUGGCCAUCUGGGAGAAGACGGUGUAUACCUGUUGCAGGGAUGGUGUAGUGAGAAAGUAUCUGUUGUCUGAAUUGUGAAAAGCUUUCAUGCGUAAAUACCACAAGGGAGUAAAUUAUGUGCUUUGGCUUGUAAGGAGAACAAUUGUGGUAUUGGCAGUGGUGGGCUGUUCAUAUGAGGGUCUGAUGCCGGAGUAAACUUAGGAGAUAUAGCACUGUCCUGCAGUUAUGUUCGUGGAGUCAGCCUUCUGAUUGUCCAUUAAACUCGGAAUCACAGAACACCUCAUUUUGCUGCAUUAAGUUCCAGUUUGUGUUACUUCAUUAGUCCUGUUGCAGAUAAAAUGCUGAACUGUAAUAUUCAUCAAACUAGCGUGGCCAUUUGUUUUAUAAAUGCCCAGCUCUGAUUUGUAGCUAGUUGUUACCAAAUCAGAAUUUAAUUUUUUGCAAAAUUAAAAAUAAAAACGUAUGAUGUUCUCAGGCUACGAAUAAAAUGUUCAUUAUUUUGUAAAACAA